GUGAGGACUCUGCGUGUCCGGGAUCUGGAAAUGGAGCUGGUGUCAUUUGAGGAUGUGGCGGUGCGCUUCACCUGGCAGGAGUGGCAGGGCCUGGAUGCUGCCCAGAGGACCCUCUACAAGGACGUGAUGCUGGAGACCUACAGCAGCCUGGUGUCCCUGGGACACUGCGUGGACAAACCUGAGUUGAUCUUCAAGUUGGAGCAAGGACUUGAGCCAUGGCACGUGGCAGAAGCCUCACCCAGGAACCUCCCAGAUCUUCCUAUGUGGAGUAUCCCAACUGUAACCAGCCAGGAAAACCAGAAUGUGCAUUUGUGGCAAGUUGGAACUAUGCAAAUCAAGGCAUCAAGUGAAAAGAUUGUAGAGCUACAGGAGCAACAAAAGACCCAUCAAAGGUCAAAAUCUUGUAAAGCUGAAGCAUGUAAGAAGAGAGUGUGCCAGAAAUCACAGUGUGCUAGGGAUCCAGUGUUUCAUGUGUGUAAGAAAGCUCUCCAUUGUAAGUCAACUCUUGCUAAAGGUCAGAGGCUUCGGAAAGGGGAGAUAAGCUGUGAGUGUGAGGAAUGCAGGAACACUUUCCUCCAGAACUCACGUGUUACAGUAUGUCAGAAAGCACCUACACAUAGGGAGCUUUGUGAAUGUACAGAAUGCAGAAAGGCUUUCUUCUGCAACUCAGAACUCACUAGUCAUCAGAGAAUGCGUAAGAAGACUUUUGAGUGUUCAGAUUGUGGGAAAGCCUUCCUCACUAAGGGAAAACUUACUCUACAUCAGAUAAUUCAUACAGGUGAGAAGCCCUAUGAGUGUACAAGAUGUGGGAAAGCCUUCUCCUUCAAGUCAUACCUCACUCAACAUCAGAAAAUUCACAUAGGCAAGAAGCCUUAUGAAUGUGCAGAAUGUGGGAAAGCCUUCUACCGAUUAACACACCUUACUUUGCAUCAGAGAACUCAUACAAAUGAGAAGCCCUAUGAGUGUACAAAAUGCCAGAAAUCUUUCUACUGCCAGUCACAGCUUACUCUGCAUCAGCGAAUUCACACAGGUGAGAAGCAUUUUAAGUGCAUGGAAUGUGGAAAAUCUUUCUACUGUAAGUCACACCUAACUCGACAUCAGACAAUUCACACAAAUGAGAACAAGGCCUUUGAAUGUAUAGAAUGCGAGAAGUCCUUCUACUCCAAGUCAUACCUCACUGUGCAUCAAAGGUCUCACCCGAGUGAGAAGCUCUAUGAAUGUAUAGAAUGCGGGAAAUCAUUCUAUCAGAAGGCAACACUCUUUCUACAUCAGAGGAAUCAUAUCGGCGAGAAGACCUAUGAGUGUACAGACUGUGGGAAAGUUUUCUAUUUCAAGUCCCAUCUCACUCUACAUCAGGUAAUACAUACAGAUACAUGCCCAUAUGUGUGUACAGAAUGUGGAAAAUAUUUCUACUAUAAGUCACAACUCAUUGUGCAUGGACGAACUCACACAGGUGAUAAGCCCUAUGAAUGUGGAGAAUGUGGGAAAGCCUUCUCCCGAAAGCCAUACCUCACUCGACAUCAUCAGCGUACUCACACAGGUAAGAGCAAUUUGAAUGUAAAAAGUGUGGAAAUGCUUUCUACUGAAAGUCAUAGCUCAAUUAACUUCAGGGAACAUGAGCAUGUGGCAGUAUUUUGA